AUGAAGAAUAUCACCAAGCAAAUGAGCACGAAUCGUUCAAUGUGUUUUGCGGAAAUCCUACCGUUUCGGCCUCCAGGAGGGGAGAAGAACAUGAGCUCUUUUCCUCGGGAUGUCAACCUUGACCUGGUGGAGUUGUUCUCUGUCUUCUUUAAGCCAAAUAGGCUGUUGGACAGCAUGGCUAUUAGCAAGCCUGGCCUCUUCACUCUGCGUGAUAUUGACCAAAAGGUGGUCCACAAAAUGCACAACCAUCUUGUGGCCUCUUUACAAACCAGUAAUGAAUUCCCAGCCAAAAUUAGUGUGGUGCCCAAUCCAAACCUGGAUGCUAGCAAGUUUCCAAUUAUCAUGGGUGUUGACGAUGGAGCACGCUGCAUUUCUAGUGGGAUGGCAUCCCAGCCAGUGCUGAAGCUGGAAGACCGCAGCAUCAUGGAUUUGUACUCUAACAGCAAUGAAGCCGAGCGCUUCACCUUCACCUGUUCCUUCAAGGACAACACGCAGCGCUUCGAGUCGGUCGCUUUCCCAGGCUGGUACCUGAGCACAUCUCACCGCAGCAACAGGCCUCUGCAGUUAACUAACCGUCUUGGAGAGAUGAAAAUCACAGAUUUCUACUUCAGGAAAGUUUAA